AUGUCUUUCGAUUGGUUAAAUGUCCCCGGACUCAACACCAAUGAUACGGACUCGUGGACUACGCCUGAUCCGCCUCCAACGGUCUCGUUCAAAUUUGAUGAAGAUGCAGUUGAUCAGUCCAAAGAAUCUUCAAACCCCGGAAAGGGGCCGGUUACCAGUCAAGGUGUGGGGGACCUUUCACCUGGACUUCAUAAAAAUGACAAGAGAAGUGUAUCCGAUACUCAAUUAACAAAUUAUGUGGAAUCUAAAGACGAUCUUCAGGUACCUUUGUCUCUCUCGCGAAACCAACUCAGUAAGGAGGAGGUAAGAACCUAUCUUCGGUGGUACGGAUAUAUAGCGCUCAGAAAGCACGCAAAGUUGAUUCGCUUAGAGGAUGUCUUUCGUUUCCUGUCGAAUUUCCCCCUCAGUGAUUUGGCCAGGAAUCGCAUAGAGCAGAUAUUCAAAACUUGUAAGAAUGCCUUGAAUAUAGGACAAUUUUUUGCCGUUUUGAGACUUAUCUCGCGUGCAUUGGUAGAUGGUGUACUACCAACUCGAAAGAUGCUACUAGAGGCUUGCCCAGUACCCAGGCCCAAACCUAUUCUGACCGCAGGAAGGGAGGAAGUUUAUGAAGAAGUUGAGGACACUCCUGCUGAUUCAGAGCCGAAAGUAGACUUUGACAGCUUUGCAUCGCUCCUUCUAACCGGAGAGAGAAAGAAACGACUUAGAAGAAGAAUAACAAAUAAGUUUAAAAGGCAAAAGAGGGUUCGAUUUUCAGACAAACUUGUAACUUUCCAAGAAGAGAGAGCAAAUGACACUGACACAGAGGAGGCGAAUGAGGAAACUGAAAACGAAGACGACAGUGGCCCAUUAGAUUUAUCUCUCCCGAUGGGUCAAUUGCUGAAAAAACUAGCAGCAAGAAAAAGGAAGAACUCUGCGCUUGUAUCCAAGCCUCCUACUCAAGAACCGGAAACGCAGGAAGAGAAGGAAGUUCUCGAAGAUAUGAAAGAGUCUUUGAAUCAUUUCCAGCAAAUCCAAAAUGUUGAUAGUGUCUCUCUCGGUGGAGUUCCUGCUCAAAUUCCGUCCGUGUUCGUUGACAGCAAUGGAGAAGAUAUGAAGCCACUGGAGCCGCUUAAGCCGACUGCCACUGGCUCCGCGAAUUAUUUGUUUAGAUCAAGUCAGGAGGCCAAUUCACGACAAUCUCAAGCAAACUCUGGUUUGGAGCCACCUCAUCUUGAGCUUCCUCUGAGACCUACAGCAACAGGGUCCGCAAAUCACCUCGCAAGACAGCACUUCGCGGCACCGCAGGCACUGCCUUUAGGCAACACCCUUUCAGUUCAACCCCUUCUUCAAUCGCAGAGUUCAGGGUUUGCACAAUCGCCACAACCUACGGGCCACGACACACUUACAACAGGAACAACUGCUGGAAACUACUUCCAGUCUCUCCUUUCCAACUCGCCUUCUCCAAACAGCAGCUCACUGCAUAUUCCACAAGGAAAUUCCCGCAAUGCAUACAACGGUUACCAAAUGCAGCUUCCGCAGCAGCGGCAAAUGCAGCCUAACCCGCAACAGCAACAGCAACAGCAACAGCAACAGCAAUACUACCCUACAUACUCAGGUUCUACGAACAUGAGUUAUAAUAAUAUAACUCCACAGUACCAAAGCUACACUCCCUCACCCGUGCCUCAGCUUUCUCCACCAAUCCAGCAGAAUGGAACUCGUGGUGACAUUUUGGGAGAUCUCAGAGCUUUAAAAGAACAAGUUGAUCAACUUCAAAACUCAUAUAGCAGAUGA